AUGGGAUUAUAUUCAGAACCAGUUCCGAGGGCUUCGACAGAAAGUCUAAGUAAGCAUGAUUUAUCUUCGAAAUAUCACGUUGAGUCAACAGGGAUAUGCCCAAAUGCAAAGGCAGAGAAACUUUACUCUAAAUCAGAUGAAGCAACAAAGAGCAAUAUGACUGAAACUAGUCAACCUUCAAAUAAAGCAAACGCAUUUAAUGCACCUAAAACAUCUGAAGAUGGAUCUUCACUUAUUAAGGAGUUGGAAUCAGAUUCAAAGUCAACGUCCAGGAUGUCAGAAGAGAUGUCGAGAGACGAUGAAGAAUCGUCAGGGUAUUAUUUAGAAAUAAAAAAUCUGAGCUCAAACGUAAAAUCAUUGGAAAACUAUUCGAAACCAGUUGAAGGCACAAAGCUCCCUGUUACAGAAAUUAAUGAACUAUGCCCCAUCUCAAAUGCAUUGAAUAUAUAUAAAAGAUCUGAUGAUGAAUCGUCAAUUAACAGAAAGACUGAAAACUUUUCAGAAUUACAGCCAAAGAAUUCGGAGGGUCUGUUGAGAAUGGAAGGGGGUUUGCAGUCGAAAAACGAUAUUGUUCAUGCUAUGCCAUCGAUAUUGGAGCGAAACUUGGAAGUGACCGUUGGAAAGGAUGCGAUUUCCGAUACGCUUAUCAUGGAGGAAUUUGACACUGAACAUGAACUAAAGGCUUUGGAUAAAUUACAAACUCCAUCCGAAAGUUACUAUAUGAUCUCAAAAUCUCCGAACUCAAUUCCAGAAUUACAAGACAAUUCGAAAUGGUUCAUAUCAGAUGGUAAGUAG